CUUGUUUAGAAGAACACAAGAUAUAGGUUGGGAAAAAGAGGAGUAAGCUUUUUUUAAUAUAUUUAAUUUCUUUCCAAUCUUUAAUACAUUUAUCUUCCUUUAAAUUCAAUCCUCAGAUCUUGUAACAAACACACACAUCAAAAACAAAAUCUCAUUUCUCAUAAAAUUUUCCAACUUCCUCAAAAUUUUAGUCUUCAAUUUUUUAGCUCUUUUAUUUUUCUCACUAUUUUGCAACUUCAAUGGCUACUCAAGAGGUUAAUAAGCCUCAGUCACUUCCUCCAUACCCUGAGAUGAUACUGAAGGCACUGGAAGCACUGAAUGAACCAACUGGUUCAAACAAAUCAGCAAUAUCAAACUACAUAGAAUCAAUCUAUGGUGAAUUACCAGAAGGUCAUUCAAUUGUUCUUUCAAAUCAUCUGAACCAAAUGAAAGAAAAUGGUGAUCUUGUUUUUGCAAAGAACAACUACAUGAAACCUGAUCCAAGUGCACCACCAAAGAGAGGACGUGGUAGGCCACCAAAGCCAAAAGAUCCAUUGGCUCCACCACCAGCAACUGUUUUUUCCCCACCAAGACCAAGAGGUCGUCCUCCAAAGGACCCUAAUGCCCCACCUAAGCCUCCUAAGGUUUCUUCUGGAAGUGGUAGACCUAGAGGUAGGCCAAAGAAGGUUGCAAGAACUGAGGAUGUUUCAAAUCCAAGUGGCGGCGGUGCUGGUGGUGAUGCUGAAGCUGAUGAUGUUGAUGGUCCAAGUGUUGCUGCUGUUGCUGUUCCAACUUCAAGAGGAAGGGGUAGGCCUCCUAAGGUGAAGCCACAAAUGACAGAAGUGAGUGUUGAAUCAUAAGAUAGAUGAUAGAUGGUGUCUUAAUCUAUCAUUAAGAUAAGAUUAAGAUGAAUUAGUGAUGAUGUGUAGAAGUGGGUUUGGUCUUAUGAUUAUUAUUAUUAUGUGUCAUGUCAUUAAUGUGAAGUAAUUGCCUUUGUAAAAUUGAUGUAGUGGUAGUUUAGUUUAUGAGAUGGGUUUUGUUGGGUUUUUCUAAGUGUCAAUGAGGACAGUGACUUUGUGCUGA